UGGUGCCAUGCUGGGGAGCUUGGACACUAGCAUAUCAAAAUGUGCUGAAAUUAAGCAGGGGUUUUACGAUGGAAGCGAACUUCCUAGCUCUCUGAUACCUAAAUCUGGUGACCUGCAAGGAAUGUAAGAUUCUUACAAAGAAGACACAGGAUGAUGACUACAAGUUGGGUAGCGGUGCUUGACAAAAAAGAACACAAAAACUGGGUGACAGUCGGAUGUGCCCUGAACAUAACCAAAAAUGGAAUUGCACCAUUAAUCCAAGGGAAAAUGGACGCUUGGUACCAGUCCCUCAUUUCCAGUCCGCCUUUGCAAUCACUGCCUCCAUGUGCUUGUGCGGCUGGCUCUUCAAAGUGUGGCACUUGCAUCAAGUGGGAGAUGGAACUGAAGCAUCAUCACAAGUCCGGGCGACCAAAGAUUUGUUGCGAUAACAGUGACAGAAAUCAAUGGGGUUCUCCAACUGGAGCCUGGGAGAUAGCAAAAAUCUUUAUGCCAACUCUUGGAACGCGAAAAACACAUGUCAUUGACGCAGAGACCACAGAUAUUGGUGGCCUGUUGAACCUAUUAGAGUGGUGUCCUUUUAUUCACCCUCCAGUCAGUCGAACAGUUUUGACUUCGGCACGAGACCAGUGCAGGAAUCACUGGGCGCAUGCUCCAAAGCAAGAACUUCAAGAUGCAGAUGUCAACACCAUAUUUGGUCACCUUAAUAGCCUGCUAAAUGACCCAGUCUUCAGCUCUGACAAAGACGCCCAGAAAUCGUCCAAAGAUUUGCAAGACGUAAAGACAAACGGUCUGGUAAGCGUCAUAGAUUCUGAAGCUGAGGCUCUUCGUUUACUCCGUCAGUCACUGGUAGCAGACUUGACCAAGUGCCGAGAUGAUUUGGAUGCGGAGACAAAGAACGUGGCUGAAGUAAAAGAGCAAAGUGAUUCGAACAGUGAAGAGAUUACCAAGUUAAGUACUGAAGUAAUCAACCUUCAGCAGAAAAUAUUGACAGUCUCAAAUAUUGUUGAAGAUUUCAAUAGGCAACUUAAUGUGCGAGACGAUCUGCAAGGAGUCUGUGACCUUAUCAGUGAGGAUGUGGAAUACGUGAAAAGUGGAGUGCAGAAUGUUGUUAUGGAACAAGCUAUUAUGAAAUCUCAAGUACCACACUUAGAACAAAACCUCUCAAGCGUGACUAACCAGGCAGCCACAAACAGAACUGCAAUUUCAGGUUUACAGAGAGAGGUAUUCGAAGUCAAGGAGACAUUGAAAGCGAAACCCUUGCAGGAACAGAACAUUGAUGAUAGCGAGGCAAUAUGCACUGCACCAGCAAGGUUGACAUCGUUCACAGGCCGUGAGACAGCUUUGGCAUGGUUGGAACAAAAUCUAACCCCACAACAUAGUCGUGAAAAUUGUCCAGGGAUGUCCUGUUUUACUAAAACUGUAUGUGGGCUUGGAGGAUGUGGUAAGACUUCUUUGGCUGUAGAAUUUGCUUGGAAAUGUAAGAAUUGCUUCCCAGGUGGUGUGUUCUGGAUCAACGGUGAAAGUGAUGAAAACAUCAAUAAGUCAGUUGUAGAGAACCUUGCUCUUCUGAAUAUCAGUGGCUCGACAAGUGAGAAAGUCGAUGAUACCCUGAAUAGAUUUUUAUCCUUUUUAUCCAAGAAGAAACAAAAAUGGCUUCUGGUAGUGGAUAAUGCAGAUGAACUGGAAGAUAAAACAUGUCCUACAGGCGUGAAGAAGAUAUGUAAAGGGUCUUGGCAGCGAAAUGGCAGCAUACCUAAGCAUGGACACAUACUGCUCACAACAAGGCAAACUGUGAAAGAGACGAAAACGUUCUUGAAACUCUCAACUGGUGACUGCCUGGAGCUACAAUGUUUCAGUGAAAAAGAGGGGGCAGUGUUCCUAAUGCAAAGGACAGGUGUUAAGGGAAAAGCCCUCGACCAGGAAGCAGUUAAUCUAGUGAAUGAGCUGGGAGCUCAUCCAUUGGCUCUCGAACAAGCAGUUGCCUAUAUAUCUGCCCUUCCUAUUCCUUGCAGCUUCAAAACGUACCUUGACGAGUACAGAGCUGUUAAACUUAGUCUCUUGGAGCAACAGCCGGCCACGGCACUAAGUAUAGAGGCACACCAUCGCCUAUCAGUGCACACAACCUGGCUGAUGAAUUUCGAAUUUGUUCGAGACAAAUCGCAUGCUGCCGCCACCAUGAUGCAAAUUGCAGCCUUUUUAGAAUCUGAAAAGGUUCCUAUUGAUGUCAUCAACCCUGGCCUCCCUGAAUUGGAACAAGUGGAAUUGAGAAAGGGUGCACGUUCUGAAAUUGACAUUGCUGCCAUUCUUAAAGUACUAUCUUGUUAUUCACUUUUCUCAGUUGAUCAGCAAAGAAGAGUUUUUGGUGUUCAUAAACUCGUUCAAGAAGUAGUCAGAGAGAGUUUAACCACAUCGAAGAGGAUAGAAAUAAUGGUGGCAGCCACUAGAGUUCUUCAUUUUUCAUUGGAAACGACAAGUAAUGUCGAGCAUUGUAACAGUGAGUCAGCGAACCCUUCCUAUUUAUUAAAUCUUUCAAGUAUGAGGGAGCAAGCAAAGAACGUUCUCACUGCCCUUUUAUUGAAUUUUCGCAUGUUGAAGAAUCAUAUGCAGGAAGAAAUAAAAUUGUCGAAAGGGGAUAGUAUUCAAGCUUUUGUCAACGAACGCACUCUAAGCCUGUGCGCCUUUGCCUGUAAUUUAAGCAGAAACAAUUUAUCCCUUCUUUUGCUACAUGCUGAACUAUCAGAAUUCAACUUGGAAGUCGCUAGGAUGGUGCGUGGAGAUGUUGAUCCAAACUUGGUUCUCGAAAAAAUGGUUCAAGCAAGUAUCGCGAAAAGAAACUUCUCCUCUCCCGGAAGUUACGUAGAAUCGAAAACCCUGGCGGAAGAAACUGUGCAAAAAAUGUCCGAUUUUGAGAGAUCAGGGUUUCUAAUAUCUAAUGAGACUAAGUACGAGGUGCGCAGACAUAGCGCUUCGUACUACGCAAAAGAGGGUCAGUGGGCAAAAAACUACAAAGCCUUGUUGAAACUUGAAAGCUUGCAAGUUAGUAAGGCUACUACUGUGGAACUACAAACACUUAUAGCAAGAGCUGAAAGAUUUGUAUCAGCUUGUAAUUUUGAAACUGCCCUAAAACGUUAUCAAAGAGCUCUCCAGCUUGCCAGAGAAGUUUACCCUUCUGAUCAUCCCGGCCUUCUGGUGGUCCUACAGCAUAUCGCCACCUUUUUGCAUGGUGUAGGCAAGGAACAAGAAGCUAAACCGUAUGCAGAAGAAAUGAUGGAUAUUGCCGAGAAACAACCAUUGGAUUCCGACGAUUACAUCACGGGAAUGACUAGCGCUCUCUCUGUGUUAAGUGCAUUUGAUGCCUCUAAGUCAGAGAAUAGGCUGUUAGCUAUCUUGAAUGAAAGGUGGCCUCGUAUAUACAAAUGCGUUAUCGACGGUUGCAUGGAACCCAGUUCAGUCGUCAUUGAGGAUGGUAGCGAUGAUCACGCAGCCACCGUGCUACAGAGUCUCCUCCAAUGCUUCACUGUGAUUAUCAGCUCUUUUGACAGCAAAUGCGCCGAGCAAAACUUUGCUAAAGAAAAGGGAAAACUUUACUUGAGAAUUGCACAGACAUUACUGUCCAUUCGGACAAAGUUUUACGGUGAGAAGCAUCCUGGGUUGAAACCCAGUUAUCUCUUUUUGAUAAGGACCCACAGUUUCUUGGGAAAUGAGGAACAGGUCAUAGAAUUCGAUAAACUUAUGAACCAAUGUGAACCAGAAGCAUCCACCAAAUUCAGCCAAAGCAUAGAUGGCGAUUACAAUGUGGCGAUUGCCGGAAUGUUAAAAGGUCAGGCUAACAACUUUUACAAAACAGGAAAUUAUUCGAAUGCACUGGCUUUAUACAAUCAAAUGUUAGACCUGUCGCCAAAUGAUGCUAAAUUGUUGACAAACAGAGCUUUGACCUACAUGAAACUUUCACAACAACCUGGCCAAAACUCAUCGCAAAACAUCUCUCUUGCCCUACGGGACUCUAAGAACGCAAUAACUGCAGAUCCCUCCUGGGUGAAGGGUUACUACUGGAAAGCUGUCUGUCUUGCUCACCUUGACGAGCGAGGUCCGUCACUAGCUGCAGCCGCUGUUGGCCAACAUCUGUUUCCGUCAGAGUGGACCAAAAUCCCUGCAGUUGAGGAUCGGUUUGGAAGUUGUAAUGUAGAGGUAGUUACAACAGUACAGGAACUUCUUCAGGCCAUCGAAAGAAGAGACACUCGGAGUCUGGUGAUUGUAGUGAAAGAGGGAAGAUACGAGCUACCAAAACCUUUGAAACCUCGAGACAAUACCGUGCUGGUUGGACUUGGGGAAAUCCAGAUUAUCUGCUCACAAGGAAUCCCACUGAAGGUUAAUAAAACUGUCUACGUGGAGAACAUAACACUGUCGCCUUCAAUAGAGUCAGUCUCAAUGCUGAAAGAGAAAGCUAAAGGAUGUCUCAAUCGUGACCAAGUGGACGAGGCACUAUCGCUGUACAGUGAAGCACUGAAUUCAUGUCCAAAUGAUCCACAGAUUCUCACAAGCAGAGCCUCAACCUACUUAAAAAGUGCAGAGCAAAAGAAAGCCAUUCCUUCAGAACGUAGCUUAUCCUUGGAACUUGCAGUAAACGAUGCUGAAGCAGCGAUCAAGGCUGAUCCUUCCUGGCUGCUUGGCUACUACACCAAGGCAGUAAGCUUGGCAGAGCUAGACAGAAAACAGCAAGCUCUGGCUGCAGCUGCAGUGUUUAAACACUUGAGCUCAGGUCGCCGGGACAUCCCUGAAGUCACUCGGCGCUAUGGAAGUGUCCAAAUUGAGGUGGUUGAGAGUUCAGUUCAGCUACGCAGUGUUCUUCAACAGAUGAAGAACCCCGAUGGAGUAAAUCAAGUCGUUUUAGUGAAGGAAGGCGAGUACUUGUUGGAGAGAACUGUUGAAAUUCCACAAGCGAUCGUCGUCGCUGGUCAAGGUAAAGUAAAAAUAUCAUGCAAGAUUGGAGCACCUUUUCACUUUGCCCAAGCGGGUCAUGUAGAAAAUGUCGAAACUUUUGAAAACUGUGAGAGUCAGCAGGAGUCUCAUGACCUCAUUUCAAAUGAAACUGAGGGACAGUCAGAAGUGAUAUCUCUGGUCACUCCCCCAGGCUACGAACACAUCAAUAGCGAGUGCAAGGUGAAUUGAUUAACUCUUUUACUUCCAGUGUAGUACGUCGUGUGUAAAGCGGUGGUUGGAGCUUGUAUCGAAUGAUUUGGAAACCGUCGUCGGCUGCAAUACACUGUUCGUUUGCUUCAACGGGACAACAACCACACGCCCAUGAGCUUUUUUACAAGAAACUCGCUUAGAUUAGACGUGUGAACUCUUUUUAACUCGGUGAGUUUUCGUUGACAAAACUCCUCAGUGAUCAAAUUUCUGUUUAAUCUAUUUUUUGUUGUGUGGAAAUGAAGAAACUUGAACGUGAACGUGGGGCUACAUAUAAGUCAUAAGUCAUGUAAACAAGAUAAUCAAAAUCAAUCAUUAAUAACAGCCGAGAAACGAAACAGGAACUACUCAGACUACUGCUAUUGCUGCUGAUGUUCGCAGCGUUUAACACUCAAGCAGCUCAAAUAGAGUAAAGCGCCAUGGACAAUUAGUGGAAAAUGGCGCUAUAUAAAUGUAUAUUUAUUUAUUU